AUGGCAAAGCUACAAUUCCAAAUGAUUUCAAUUAUCGUCGUCGCAUUCGUCGCCCUUGCGGCGGCGCAAUCCGACGAUUGCACGAAUGUGGUGGUGAGCAUGUCUCCGUGCCUCAACUACGGCAACUCCUCCGCUGCCCCGACGGCGGCAUGCUGCACGCAGCUGAACACCGUGGCCCACUCCCGACCACAGUGCUUAUGUCAAGUAUUUAACGGCGGAGGAUUAACCGUUGACCAGAGUCAAGCUCAAGCCCUCCCAACGGCUUGUAAUGUCCAAACUCCCCAUCUCAGCAACUGCAAAGGGGGUGGAUCAUCAUCACCUGGAAAUGGCUCCUCCGAUGCAAGUGCAACCUCCUUUGGAUUUAAUCGAUUCUUUUUUAUUUUGCUUGUUUUUGCUACAUAUACAUACACAUUUUGAGUUUGUCUAUGGCGGGUGGGAGUUGGUGAGCGGGGGUUUAUGUCCCUACAUUAAUGAUUGACUUAUAAAAAUUCAUCUACAAUGUAUGACCAACUUUCCUUAAUUGUAACUUUAGUUAA